CAUUGACAGUUGAGUUCGUUUUGUGUUUGGUUGGUUGGUUUGGUUAAUUAAGUUUUGUUUAGGGUGUGUUCGUUUCGCUGCAUUUAUUCAAUUGUUUCAAUUAAAUUGAUUAAGUACAUAAUAACAAAAUAAAAUAACAUAACAAAAUGACUACUAAUGUAUGUUUAAUAUUUUUGAUUUGUAUUCUUCCAUCAGCCUUUUGCGUACGUUGCUAUCAGUGCGCAUCAUCUCAGGACAGUAAAGGGGAUGACACAUGUGGAGCAUAUAAGAAGUUUGAUAGAGAAAGCCAUAUAGCGGUAGAAUGCAGCAGUGAUGAAUCUCAUAUGCCUGGAUCAUUUUGUAUGAAACUUACUCAACAAAGCCCAAGAGGAUUCAUUUGGGAUGGCCGUUGGCGUCAAGUUAUUAGAAGAUGUGCUUCUAUUGCUGACAAUGGAGUCACAGGAGUCUGCAAUUGGGGUGUAUACCCUAAUGGAGUUUAUUGGGAAGAAUGCUACUGCUCGUCUGACGAGUGUAACAGUUCCACAUUCCUUAAAUCCUCUCUAGUUGUAAUUUUAAGCACAAUCACAUUUGCUUUAUUACUUAAAUGUAUGCUGUAAGCUGUAUGCUAUAAGAUACUGUCAAAAAGUGCCUUUAAAAUGACUGAAUUAAGUGUUUACUUUUAGUUUGUGUAAGUAAAUGAUCAUGAAUCAUACUAAUCAGAGGAAUGAAAUGCAAAAUUCUUUUUUGUCUUGGUUAUGAUAUUGAUUACCAUACAUACCAAUGCACAACUGAAUAAUCAAUUUCAGCUAUUUUAGGUGCCUAAUACAGGUCAUUAAUUUUUAUGUUACCCAGUAUAUGUUUUGCAUCAUCAGCUAUCUUAUAACAUUUUACAAAAAAUGGGGUAUACUUUUUACAAGUUGUCUCAAAAAUGUUAAGGAUUUAAGGUUUAACAUCAUAAAACGAAAUCUAAAUGUAUAUGAAUAAGAUGAUACUUAAGCUUAUUAUAUUUUUUAGGACAUGCAUUUCAAUUUUUACAUAUUUUUUCAUAUACAAAGAUAAGUUACUUGAUUUUCCAUGUCUUACAUUUCUUUCAAAAUGACAGUAUGUCCAUUGUGUCCGUCCAUUUCAUUAUUACUAUUAAAGUUUUUAUAUUUUGAAAAAGGUCCAUAGUUUUAUAUUUUUCGAAUCUCAAUUUAGGGCAAUUGCUGCACUGCACUUACUUUAUACUUAUAGGCUUAAUAGUUCAUGUAGUUGGUUAAGAUACGGUGAAGAAUCUCUGAACAAUUUUUAUACAUCAUUUUUGUGGUUUCAGAACUUGCAUUAUUUCACUUAUAACUAGUUUACACACUUGGCACUUUGGCUUACUUGUGUAUUUAUUGUAGAAAACUCAGUUUUCUUAUGAAAUAUACAUAAUAUCAGUCUAUGACAAAAGUGAACAUAAAGUAGAGUGAUAUGAUUUUUAUGUUUAUAAAUUCUGUACAGUAAGCUUGUAAAAAAUAUUAAACGUCUACUAAGUCGUUAAACUAAAUAAGCUGCUGUAAUAUAAUAACGACAUACAUACGAAUGUAUGCCGUUAUUAUAUUACCGCGGCUUAUUUAGUUUACAAUAUAAACUAUAAUGUUGUUCAAUUAAAAUAUUCCCACCAAAUGGUUGAUUUCAAGAUAUGUAAGAAAAUUUAAUAAACAGCAUGUAAAAUCAUUGAUAUUUUGAGGUAGAAAUGAAAUAAACUAAUUGUUUUCAUAUUUUAAUAACUAAUUAGCAUAUCUGUUAGCUAUAUUAUUUACUCAUGAAUUCAAAUUAUUCAUUCUACGAGACAUUCGACAUUCGUGACAUUCUACGAGAAAAGGUACCUUUUGGUGCACUUACUUAUUUUUAUAAUAUCUUAUUUUUUGUAAUCGACUGCCCUUCAUAAGGUACCUCUAAGGUUUCUCGUGGAAGCACGUUUGUUUUAAUGUAUGAUGUAAGCAUAUAUAAAAUUAGUUAUUUAUACAUAUACCGUCCAUAAUUUGUAAGUAGUCCGAGAAAGAAUAUAAUGAUAACGUUAUAUACAUUAUUGAUUAAAUAAAGUUAUGAAGACAAAA